CAAAGCUCACGAAAGCGGAAAACGGGGGCACUGAUUGGACGGCCCUGAUUAAGGCUGGGAUACGAUCACAAGGACGACUAGUCCUGGGCGGAGCUCACGGUGCCUGCGAGGAUUUCUUCGAAGAGACGCGAGAGAGCUCUCGUUCCUUUAUCUUUGGAAUCGAAGAAGAAAGGAGACCGCAACCCUGUUCUCGAGUUCAUCCCCACUGCACCGAAAACUCGUAAGUUCACAAAUAUACUCUUUGAUGCUGCAUCCGAGUGAGCUAUAAUGCUUUUUAGCAAAUGCUCUCUUUAAGAUAGCAUGUCCGAACAGCCUGACCAAACUUCAAAAAGCUCUAGUUCAAGUCUGAGCAGCAGUUUACAGGAUACCGAGGAUGACAUAACUAUUGGCAGCAUUUUAGCUGAAGCAAAUCAGAAAAAUGAAAGAAGUCUUGGAAAGCGCCUGUCUCAUUUGGACUCCAUUCCACACACACCUCGAGUUAAUGGUGAAAUUCCUGAUGUUGAUAAUGCAACCUUAGAUCAUGAAAGGCUGCUACAAAGGCUGACCACAUAUGGUUUAGCUGAAUUGCAAGUUGAAGGAGAUGGCAAUUGCCAGUUUCGAGCUUUGGCUGAUCAGCUUUUCCGCAAUCCUGACUAUCACAAACAUGCUAGAAAGGCAGUUGUAAAGCAGCUCAAACAUUUCAGGAAAAAUUAUGAAGGCUAUGUCCCAAUGAAUUAUAAAACAUACUUGAGGAAUAUGAAAAGAUCUGGGGAAUGGGGAGAUCACCUGACUUUACAGGCAGCUGCGGACCGGUUUUGUGCCAAAAUUUGUCUGGUUACGUCAUUUAGAGAGACUUGCCUCAUUGAAAUUGUUCCCAAAGACCAAAAUCCUACAAGAGAGCUUUGGCUAAGCUUUUGGAGUGAAGUGCACUACAAUUCCUUGUAUGGAGCUGAUGAUCUUCCAACUCGAGUAACUAAGAGAAAGCACUGGCUUUUCUAGAGGUCUCCUCCCUCGGUUCCAUCCCAUCGAAUGGCCAUACAUGGAAGUCUCGACAGAAACGUGCUUUCUUUCAAAUUGGAUCAGCUCUUUGUAGUAUCAUUUCAGGUUCCUAGUUGUGAUUUGUUAUCAUUAACUCUGCCAAAUUUCACCAUUUACUUUAUACUGUAAAAUCUGUAUCAUAUUCUUUAUGGUAUCAUUUUAUACUGUCUUAAUAGCUCAUGACUUGGUUCCUUUCCACAA